AUGGGCCAGGUGAAUUGCUGCCGCGGCUCCAGGUAGGCUCCCCCCACGCACGGCUCGGGGACACCCCAGAACAGCCGGACCAUGCAGCAGCCGAUUUUCUCAUGCCCGACGCCGUCUGCUCCGCAGGGACGAGCCUGAGCCUGAGCCCCAGCACCCACGCAUGCCCAACGGUGGAAGUGGCCAGGUGGCUGACGGUGGCGCCCGCAGCAGGAGGAGGAGGUGGCUGCCCUGGCGCUUUGUGCGGCCAGGGACCUCGGCGGCUGCAGAGGCACCGGGGCCGUCGGGCUCUGCCCGCACGGGGCUUCUCUUUGGCCGGCCCCUGGCGGAUCUCUGCAGCCAGGACGGCAUGCUGCCCCAGCCCAUGCAGGACCUGCUGGCUCUGCUACACGAACAGGGGCCAUCCACGGAGGGGAUCUUCCGGCUGGCGGCCAGCGAGCGUGCCUCCCGGGAGAUCAGGGAGGCCCUGGACAGCGGGACCGAGGUCCACCUGGCAAGCCAGCCGGUGCACGUCCUGGCCGUCAUCUUGAAGGACUUCCUGCGCAAGAUCCCCUCCAAGCUCCUGGUGGCGGAGCUCUACCAGCAGUGGAUGGCCGCCCUGCAGAAGAGCAGCAGGGAGGAGAGGCUGGUGGGGCUGAAAGAGGUGGCCCGAAAGUUACCCGAGGCCAACCUCCUCCUCCUCAACACCUUGCUGCGGCUGCUGCAGAACAUCAGCAGCAACGCCACCGUCAGCAAGAUGACAGCCAGCAACCUGGCCAUCUGCGUGGGGCCCAACCUCCUCGGCCCACCAGAGGAGGACACGCUCCCUCUGGACACGCUGGUGCAGGCGACAGCCAAGGUGACCCAGCUGGUAGAGUUCCUCAUCAACCACCGGGAGGAACUCUUUGAGGCCGAGGAGGAGCGGGAGGAGGAGGAAGAGGGGGCUGGGCUCGCCGCUGAAGGGGCCGAGGAGUCGCCGGCAGCAGGAGCAGAGGCGGAAAGCGCCGAGGUGCCUGCAGCCGCUGCAGAAAGCGAAGGCCAGCACAGCUCCUCUGGGCAGAGCAGCUUGCCAGGCUCUUCGCGGGAGGGGGGAAAUCCUUCCCCCCGGAAGAGAAAGCUCCCGCGCGAAGAGGAGAGCGAUGCGCAGCCCAGCAAGCGCAGGAGGAGCCUGGAGCCAGGGAGCUCAGGAGCGGGCGACUGAGCCAAGCCAGGUGGGGCGAGAGGAACAAGGAGCCCUGGUGUGUGAAAGAGCCUGCUCUCCCUCUUUCCAAUUGUCAUGCUGCUCUGAGUCUAGGAAAUAUUUCUGUGGUGCCCAGAGACGGCCCCAGAGAGGAGGCGUUCACCUUCCCUUGGGAGAAGGGGCAUGUCUGGAGGCAAAGAGCACUCCAGCGCUGGCGGUUUUCAUUUGGCACUUAGAACCCUAGAAUCAAAGAAGAGUUUGGGUUGGAAGGGACCUUCCAAGGUCACCUAAUCCAACCUCCCCGCAAUCAGCAGGGACAUCUUCAAUGAGAUCGGGUUACUCAGAGCCCCGUCCAGCCUGGCCCUGAAUGUUUCCAGGGAUGGGGCAUCUACCACCUCUCUGGGCAACCUGUGCCAGCAUUUCACCGCGUUCAUUGUAAAACAGUUCUUCCUCUUGCCUUUGUCUUUGUGCUUGUCUUGGUCUUUGUCUUGGUUCCUCCUUCCUUUACUCUGGUUCGUUUUUACUCUCUGUUCUUACUGCAGCUGUACCCAGGCCUGGCCCUCGAAGCAUAGAUUUGUACGGCAGUUGAGUCAAAAGCCCCUGUGUCCGCUCAAGCCUCCUCAAGCUCGCACAAUCUAAAUCAUUCUUAGCAAACCACCAAAGCCUAAUACUCAGCCCUAAGGAAUCCUGCAGAGGAGAACUGUGGAUGGGGAUUGCCUAUCCCGGCAAAGCACGACUUGCUUGUUCUCCUCUCAGCCGUGUACUUAAUGCCUGUCUUUUCCCCCCCUCUUUCUCAAGGCAGGUUGAAGAGGAAGUCGCCCUCAUGUUGCCACCCUCACGUUGGCUCGGCCGGACGGUCCAGAGUUUGUUUUAGUUAGUUUGUUGGUUAGCAAGUUAGUUAGUUUGUUAGUUAGUUUGUUUGUUGGUUUGUUACUUAGCAGGUUAGUUAGUUUGUUUGUUGGUUAGUUACUUAGCAAGUUAGUUAGUUAGUUAGUUUCUAGUGUAGGUAGCUGUGUACUGAGUGCACUUUUUUUUCACAUACGGGUUUGCAAGUUUCCAAAAUUUUCCCAUAGGUUUUUGAGCCAGUAGGGCAAGAGAGUUUGUUUGUUUGUUUGUUUGUUUGUUUGUUUGUGAGUUAGUUAGCAAGUUUGUUAUUUUGUUUGUUUGUUAGUUUCUAGUGUAGGUAGCUGUGUACUGAGUGCACUUUUGGUUCACUUACGGGUUUGCGAGUUUCCAAAAUUUUCCCACAGGCUUUUGAGCCGAUAGGGCCAGAGAGUUGGUGAGUCAGGUCGGUAGGUAGGUAGGUACAUUUGGCUGAACUGCACAAGCUCCCAACAAAUGUCUGGAGAACAGCCCUGCUGUCAACAACGUCUGCGGCUGCACAAGAUGAGGGCCUGUCUGAAGGAGCUGCAAGAAUCCACUGCCAAGCAAGAAAACCUGGCGACCGAGCGACUGAGGCAGGAUCCAGCUGUGCGAGCCUCAGUCCUGCUGAGCAGGGUGUCCGGCGCGGAUGUGAGCCCUGGCUGCAGCUGUGAGGGGACCGUGGCCCCGCGAGGUGCCAAAGGAAGAAGACUUGCUGCUGCGUCAGGGCACGACUUACCUGUUGUGGUUGUUCUCUCACUGCACAGUCCAAUGCGACGUUCUGCUCACUCAGGCAAAGCCCAGUUUAAACAAAGGAAUGUAUUACUUUAGCCAGUUGCGAGUUACCGAUUUCCAGUGAUUCCUCAUUUCUACCUCCUCUUUUGUUUGGUACAUUCCAGAAAGUUUCUGUAACUAAAGAUUUAGCAAGUUUCAGAGAGGUUUUAGAACGAAUCACCUUGAUUCUGCCACUUGAUCUCUUACAGACUUAACGUUGAACUUGGAGAUGUUCAUCAAUACGUUCCCUCCUUUCCACCCGAAAUUAAUAACAGUAAAAUAAACCUGAGAAUGCCAAGAAGAUGCUUCCUGUGCUGCUUUCUUUUGAAAUGUAAUCAACAUCUUUAUAAAAGAAAAAAUUAUCAUGGAGCGUUCUAUACAUUGCUAUGAAUAACUAAACAUUGUGGUAUUCUAAUCAGCGAUAGUGGUGGUCUUGUUGGUUUU